CUUUCAUGAAGUUUAGGGAGACAAUGGGCAAGGACUAAAGAGCCACUCCAUUGUCUCUUUGCUUCCCUUUUAUCACGUACCAUCCUCCAGGUAGAAAGAGGCGUUGCUUUUCCAAGAAAGGUCUCCCUCAUCCAACUGUCCGAAAGCUGGAUACUCUGGCCAAACUUAAAAAGAGGCUCGCUCGCCUGUCGGUCAAAACCUACCAUUCUUGCUUGGACUCUCAUGCCUUGCUUCCUAUUUAGUAAUAAAGCAUGACAUUCGAGUUGCAUAAACAGCACAACCCUUCCUUUUCUUACUAGAAGUUCACAGCAUUGCUUCCUGCUCACGGAUUGUUUCGAUAUGGCGGACUCCAAGCAUUCUACAUCACCUUGCUGUGACGCUUUAGACAAAUCUCAAGUGUUUGAUACUACAGAGAUGGGGCGACAGAAGCAAGAGAAAGGGAUCAAGUUCUCCGACGAUGAGGAGUCUCUCAUAAUCAGGAUGUAUAAACUUGUUGGAGAAAGGUGGCACUUGAUCGCCGGAAGAAUCCCUGGAAGAACAGCUCAGGAGAUUGAGAAGUACUGGAACUCUAGAUACUCCACAAGCGAAUGAAGCCUAAUUGCUGAAGCAUUUUACAACCUGUGCAAUAAACCCUGUUGGACUAGCAUUCUUGCCGAUAGAUACAGCUGAGGAACAAAGUACAAGUCUCAGCAAAACAGAAUAAAAAGAUCUUCAUUACAGCCCCAGUUUGGUAUCAUGUAAAGUACACUAGUUAAGAGAUGGUCACAAAUCAUCAAUGUCUCAUGAGUUAUCCAACGCAGUAAAUGCGAAUAAAGAACCAAGGUUGUAUGAUUUGGUCUUCGACUAAUACAUCGCUUCAGCUUGUAGAACUCGGUCUGCCAGGUAUGGAUCAUCUACUCACACAUUGCUCUGUUUGUAAGCCUUCGUGUCCAAGACUUGUUUACCGCACAUUGCACAGACUCCUGAGAAAAUAUAUCCAAAUAGAUGUCAGUUCCUCAGGAGUAGACAACAGAAAAUAUGAACAACGAA